AUGGAAGAACGACUGGGGUCGGUGCCCAGCACGCCAAGGAAAAAGCGGACAAGAGACCGCUUUAUACCCAAUCGCUCUGCCAUGGACCUUUCAGGGGCAUUCAGUCUUGCCGGUGAAGCUCGUUCUCCGUCUGUUACCAACUCCGAAGUGGCUGAUCAGGCGUACUCUGAAGUUUUGAAAGCUGAGCUGUUUGGCACGGAAUUACCCUCAUCAGCGGCGAGCACAUCGUCGUGGUCCUCGCCACAAUCAUCUAUUGGGUCUAGUCCCGAUAGGAAGAAUCGUGGAGGACGAAGAGAAACCCAAUCGCUGCCGACGACGCCAAGAAAAAACCGAAACCUGUUUUCUUACUCGCCUUCGAAAAGAGCUACCAGGGCCACGGAGAACGAGGUUUUUUCUUCUUCUCCAAUGAGACUAGACUCGCAGCUGUUUCUAUUAUCGCCCAAGAAACGGCCACGGGAAAUUGAACGCACUCCUUAUAAAGCGCUGGACGCUCCUAUGCAUGCAGAUGAUUUUUACCUCAACCUCUUGGAAUGGGGCCCCCAAAACUAUUUAGCUGUCGGAUUGGGCUCUUCUGUGUAUAUAUGGAAUCGCGAAACCGAGGAAGUACAUGAAUUGUGCCAACUUGAUACCGAUAAGGUGUGCUCAGUCUCCUGGAUCAAUACGGGGACUCACUUGGCGGUAGGCACUCAAGACGGGUUGGUACAGAUUUGGGACGUUGAGAAUUCAAGGUGUAUUCGCCAAAUGCGCGGCCACACUCGAAGAGUUAUGUCUCUUUCAUGGAAUAGCCAUGUGCUGUCGUCAGGCUCGGAGGAUACGACGAUUCUCCACCAUGAUGUACGAAGCCAUGUGCAGUACACUCAUCAGCUGAAGGCACAUCGAGGUCAGGUGUGCGGUCUUCGUUGGAACACUGAGCUCAACCAGCUUGCCUCGGGCGCUAACGAUGACAAGGUAUUUAUUUGGGAUGGCAUGAGCCAAGAACCGCUAUAUGAGUUUUCAGAGCACCGUGGUGCGGUCAAGGCUCUUGCGUGGUCCCCCCAUAACCGAGGUCUACUGGCUACUGGUGGUGGCACGUACGACCGGCGACUCAUCUUCUGGAAUACGCUGACCGGUCAGCGGCUCUCUGAGUUCGAUACCGGCUCCCAGGUCUGCAAUGUGCUAUGGAGUGCCAAGACUCGAGAAAUCGUGUCUUCGCAUGGAUUCUCAAACUAUCAAAUUGCUAUAUGGCAGUAUCCCAGCAUGCAGCAGGUGGUGUCGCUAACCGGCCAUCAGAGCCGGGUGCUCUCGCUGUCACAGAGUCACGACGGAGAAAUGCUAGCGUCGGGUGCCGGCGAUGAAACCGUGCGUCUGUGGAAUAUUUAUCAAGGUGACAAGACGAAAGAUGGCGACUCCCGUUUGAGCAUCUACAGUCAGUUGAGAUAA